GAUGUUGGGUUACCAUUAGGCAGAGGAUUAUUAGUAAAGGUAAACUUAGCAACCGAAUCAUACACUAAGGAAACUAUAAGAAUGGCAUGUGAUCAUGAUGAUUUUGUAAUUGGAUUUAUUUAUGUCAAUUCUCCUCCUCCUUCUGGUAGUAGCAGUGAUCCAAAAGUAUAUAGUACGCCAGAAGAAGUUAUAACAAAUGGUAAAACUGAUAUUAUUAUUGUUGGUCGUGGAAUUUAUGCAAGUGGUAAAGAUGUAAUUGAUGAAGUGAAAAGGUAUAGAGAUGCAGGAUGGAAUGCUUAUUUAGAUAAACUAAGAAUAUCAGGAAAAGAUCAAAUGAAUUUUCUUCGUAACUUAACUUCAAUUAUACCGCCAAUUGCCGAGAACACCAUUAAGAAAACCACUAAAUAUGGAGGAAAGUAUACUGUCACAUUGAUCCCAGGAGAUGGUAUCGGGCCAGAGAUUGCAGAAUCAGUUAAAACAGUAUUCAAAGAGGCCGAAGUUCCAAUUGAAUGGGAACAAUAUAAUGUUACUGGAUAUACUGAAGAUAGCGAUUUGUUAUUUCAACAAAGUAUGGAGAGUUUAAGAAGAAAUAAAGUUGCAUUAAAAGUAAUUUAUACAUCCACAAAAAAAGACGAUCAUCCAUCUUUUAAUGUUGCGAUGCGUAAAUAUUUAGACAUUUAUGCAUCAUUGGUAUUAAUAAAUAAUAUUAAAGGAUAUCCAACACGUCAUAAAGAUGUAGAUUUUGUUAUUAUUCGUGAGAAUACUGAGGGAGAAUAUGCAGGAUUAGAACAUCAGUCAUAUCCGGGAGUAAUAGAAUCACUGAAAAUUACAACUAGAGAAAAAACAGAACGAAUUGCACGAUUUGCAUUUGAUUUUGCACUUAAAAAUGGACGCAAAAAAGUUACAUGUGUUCAUAAAGCCAACAUUAUGAAACUUGGAGAUGGAUUAUUUUUAAAUACAUGUCGUAAAAUUGCAGAAGAUUAUAAACCAUUAGGAAUUGAAUUUGAUGAUAUGAUAGUUGAUAACUGUUCUAUGCAACUUGUGUCCAAGCCACAACAAUUUGACGUUAUGGUAAUGCCUAAUUUGUAUGGAGCAAUCGUAAGCAACAUCGGUGCGGCAUUGGUUGGUGGACCGGGCAUUGUUCCAGGUGUAAAUAUAGGUAGAGAAUAUGCAUUAUUUGAACCGGGAGCACGUCAUGUUGGUAGAGAUAUUCAAGGAGAUAAUAAAGCCAAUCCAACAGCAUUUAUUCUUUCAGGAGUAUUGUUGUUAAGACAUUUAGGACUUGAUGAUGAUGCUAAUAGAAUUUAUAAUGCAGUAAUUAAAGCAAUACUACAUGGAUCGGCCAAAACUCAUGAUAUGGGUGGCAAUUCAACAACAACAGAAUUUACACAUGAAGUUAUUUCUAAUUUGUAG